AUGGCAACUUCCUAUCAUUGUCCUUCAUACAACAAGUAUGCAACCCAAUACGUUACCCCAGCGCCGCAGAGUGACGUAACUUCCCAAUGGUCCGAUACAAAUUCCACCACGAACUUGUCUGAAACAACAUCUGAAACAAUAUCUCUAACAAGAUCAGAGAUAGAGAGGCUGAUUCAUGAAGACAAAGAGAGGGAUCGCCGACAUUGUGAUAAAUGGAAGCAAUGGGCGCGUGAACAGGAUGCAGAAGACAGAUUAGCAUUCGCAGUCGAGAAUGCUCGUAAAGAGGAGGAUAGAUGUAGACUCGAGGCACUGGUGGAUAGACAGACAUGGGAAUAUGAGAAACUAAAACUGGAAGCUGAUAGGGAUCGGAGGGUUUGCUUACGAAAACUAAAAGCUGAUGAGAAGUGGGAAGCUGAAAGACAAAGAAGGGAAGCUGACAGACGGGGGAAGGGGGGGUCACGCACAAAUCCCUCAAGAAAUGAUCACCCAUCAAGGGAGCAUACCACUAGAUACGUGACGGGAACAUCAGGUCGACGACUUCCCUAUACGCCUUUGUCGGAUGAAGCCCUCAUCGGUAUCGCAAAGGAAAGCGAGAAGAGAAGUAAGCGUAGACACUAA